AUGAUGUCAUUUGGAUUCAAGAAUGUUGGUGCAACAUAUCAGAGACUUGUCAACAAGGUCUUCAAGCACCAGAUCGGUCACAAUUUGGAGGCUUAUGUAGACGACCUACUGGUGGACGGGUCCUCAGGAGAAGCCGGCAGUGGAGGGGGGAUAGUCCUGCGCAGCCCAGAUGGGUCGACGCACGAGCACUCCAUCGCUUUUAGUUUCUUGGCCUCAAACAAUAAAGCCGAAUAUAAAGCUCUUCUUGUUGGCCUCCGAGCCUUCCAAGCAGUAAAGGCCGAGCGCCUCUAUAUAUUGGCCAAGUCACAUUUGGUCGUCCAUCAGGUGAAUAGGCAAUACGCGGCUAAAGACCCAAGAAUGGUCUUGUACCUCAAAGCUACUAAUGAGAUAUUAGCUAGUUUCAUGGAUUUCAAGAUAGCCCAGGUCCCCCGCGCUCCCAACACCCAGGUGGAUGCCCUCUCCAAGCUCUAG